UCUCUCUCUCUCUCUCUCUCUCUCUCUUUCUGUGUCUCAUUUCACGUCCUUUCCUCCAUAUUCUUUCUGCUUCUUAGUUAUUUGGCGUGCUCGUCGAUGAUCAAAGUCAUUUCGUUAGCGGCCGAACUUCUGAAAAGACAAGAGUUAAAAGUUGUUGAGGAUCUGCUUUUUGUGACGUCACCUGUCAUCCGAGAAAGACGAGCGGCGCUGAGACUGAAAUGUUUUGAGGAAUUUCAUUGGUUCCUCGAGUUUAUUGCCCAGCCUCUUUACUGUCCCGUUGGAGUCCAGGACGGACGCACGCACCAGCUGGCAGGGAGGCACUCACCCACGUUCAGGAAAACUCAAAGGACCGUCGCCCAAGGAGCAGGGAACACAGGAGAGAGGGAGAGAGAGAGAGAGAGGGAAAGAGAGAGAGAGAGAGAGAGAGCACAUGAACUAUCAUUGCUACAUGCACUGAGCCUACAAGUUACAGACUUUGGAUCAGCAAUUUCUAUACGGUGUCGUUAGUCGACAAUGUGCAUGCAUUGAGCUUGCAACGCUCUCUCUCGGUAUCGGUUGAUAGACGUAUCUAGUGGUAGUGCUACUACUAGUUAGUUUUGAUCCUAUGUCACCUUCUACUCAUGUGUGCUUGGAGGUGAUGAUAGUGAGUGGUUGAGUUGAGUGUGAAACCAGAGUUCUUGCUUUGGCUUCUACCUUAUUCUAGUUCGUGUGAGUGUUUGCAGCGUUCUCAUCAAAAUGAUGAAUUCUUAUUUUGAGCAAAGUGGUUUUUACGGUCAAGGCAGUGGCACCGAGCAAGCCUAUCGAUUCCCCUUAGGUCUGGCAGGCAUGGGAGUGUCCCCUUACCCUCAACAUCAGAGUGGAAAUCGAUCUCAAGACUCCUCACCCUAUGACCCCGCCACGGUCGCGGCUGCGGCCGCUGCGGCCGCCGCCGCUUCCGGCACCGCCUCCGUGGGAACGAGUUCUCCCAAGUCGUCAGUCUAUAGCCCGUUAGGUGACAAUUCAACCUAUGCCAAAAACAGUACCAACACAGUGAGCGGCAACGAAUGUCCCACAAACGCCAAUCCAAGUUCAAACUCUAGUUCUAAAGACCAUCAUAACGGCUACAGUAGUCUUUCCAAAGAAUUAAAUGCGGGAUGGAAUUCUGGCAGUGGUCCGGUCCGACCAUCUGUUUGCACCCCAGACAUGGCCAGAUACACUCCAACAGCUGUAGACGUUGCUGCCCGAGACCGGUGGAUGAAUACUUGUAGCAUAUCAAGUGCAGCAGCUGCAUCACAAGCCGCCGCAGUAGCUCAACCUCAACUGCAACAAUCUGCGAAUCACCAUUUCUAUCCGUGGAUGGCAAUUGCAGGUGGGACUCAUCUGUUUACUGGUGCCAACGGUCUGAGGCGCAGAGGAAGACAAACUUACACACGUUACCAGACACUUGAACUUGAAAAAGAAUUCCAUACCAACCACUACCUCACACGAAGACGACGAAUAGAGAUGGCGCAUCAACUUUGUCUGACCGAGCGGCAAAUCAAAAUCUGGUUCCAAAACCGUCGGAUGAAAUUGAAAAAAGAAAUCCAAGCAAUAAAAGAACUCAACGAGCAAGAGAAGCAAGCCCAAGCUGCCAAGGCCGCGGCUGUGGCUGUUCACGGUCAUGAGAGUCACCAUGACGGCAACCACUAACCGGGAAGAACCAAUCUUUGCCACAUCUGUCAACCAACUGUACAUGGUAUACGCGUACGUGUCACUCUUGUUGAGUGUCGAGGCCAGUUGUUAACUAACUAAACCUCAGUAGUGACAUCCAUCCAUCCACGCACAAGUGCACCUGUAGAGAUUGGCAAGCCUCUCGCGUAUUGGCUCGUUAUUAAUUUCCUUCAUGACAAACCAAAGCUCUCUUCUCUCUGUCUCUUCACACCUACACACAACAAAAAAAAACACUGAGGUGAAAGUACAAACAAUCUGACAAUGCUUGCGGCAUCCAGAAGACUACAUACGUAAUUUGACCAUGCUCCGUUCUCUGCUCAUACUGAAUUUUCCGGCAGCAUGUUCUGCCAAACUCUACUCCAAUAAAACCAAUCCACUACUACAACUACAACUACUACAAGAACUACUACAAGAACUACUAUGGCGCCCUAGUCAAGCUCAGGGCUGAUCCGAGAAAAAAAGCCAACAUCAUUCGAUUGUUUCAAGCCCAACGACAGAUUAUGAUGAUAACAAUAAUAAUAAUAACGAAAAUGAAAUUGAAAAUGAUGAUAAUGAGCGUUACCCGAAGUAAUGUAUACUUUGAAAUUUGAUCAAGGACCUUAUUUAAUUCAAACAGUAUUGUUCCCUGGCCUUUCUCAACAUUUUAUAUUGAUACGUAACCUACUACGUAAAAGACUGUAAAUUUGGUAGUCCACUCUCGCACCACCGUCUGGUAAGAGUCGUCCCCGGCAACUAAACUAUGAUUAGCUUUUUUCCAAUUGAAAUAGCAUCUAACAUUACUUCCUCCUGUUGAGUUUUAUUAUUUUCUUGUCCUCAAGUGUAAAUUUGAUGAUUGUUAACGCAUAGUCCUCCUGAAAUACAUUUGUAUUUACAUCAA